CAACCAUGGUUUGUUAGAGGAGUAGAGAAGCGUCGAAGUGCGAGCAAAAAGCAGCCGAGCGAGGAGAGAGAGAGGGAGUGUGUAGGGAAUGGGAAGCUGAGAUCUACGUUCCUUUGCAUGUGAAGCUGGAGCUGCUGGAAACAGCUGCAUCAAAGCUUGAGGUGGAGAGCAAGGUGCAAGAGAAAAACUUUCGUUGCUGUGGAGCUAUGACUUACUUCCCGGAUGAGGUGGUGGAGCACAUCUUUGACUUCCUCAGCUCGCAUCGAGACCGUAAUAAUGUAUCCACAGUGUGCAAGGCGUGGUAUCUUGUGGAGCAGCUUAGCCGCUUGCGCGUAUUCGUCGGCAACUGUUAUGCCGUCCGGCCUGAACGAGUAAUGGCUAGAUUCCCUGGAAUGAAGUGCCUCACCGUCAAGGGGAAGCCCCAUUUUGCUGAUUUCAACCUGGUUCCCCACGAUUGGGGCGGUGAUGCGCUACCGUGGAUUGAGACGGCUGCACGUUGUUGCCCUGGUUUGGAGGAGCUCCGACUGAAGAGGAUGGUGGUCUCGGAUGAAAGCCUGGAGCUUCUAGCCCGCGCUUUCCCCAACUUCAAGUCGCUUGUUCUAAUUAGCUGCGAGGGUUUCAGCACUGAUGGGCUUGCUGAGAUCGCUACUCACUGCAGGGGUCUUAGGGAGUUAGAUUUACAGGAAAAUGAAGUGGAAGAUCAUGGCCGGCAGUGGCUAAGUUGUUUCCCUGAUUCUUGUACUUCCUUAGUAUCUCUAAACUUCGCAUGUCUAAAAGGAGAGGUGAAUACAAGUGCCCUUGAGCGACUUGUUGCUAGGUGCCAGAACCUCAGAUGCUUGAAGCUUAAUCGAGCAAUAUCUAUUGAGUCACUUAUCAAGAUACUUGCCCGAGCCCCCAAUUUGGUGGAACUUGGAACUGGUUCUUUCACAGCUGACCACCGCACUGAAGCUUAUCAGAAUCUAUUAAAUGCCUUCUAUAAAUGCAAUUCUAUAAGGAAUUUGUCAGGUUUCUGGGAUGCUGCUCCUCGCUGCCUGCAGGCCAUAUAUUCCAUCUGUUCAAGCCUUACUGUCCUUAACUUAAGCUAUGCCCCUGCAAUCCAGGUUAAUGAUCUAAUAAAGAUGAUUCGUCACUGUUUCAAACUUCAAAAACUCUGGGUUUUAGAUUCAAUUGGAGACAAAGGCUUAGCAGCCGUUGCCUGUGCUUGUAAAGAGUUACAGGAGUUGAGGGUAUUUCCAUCGGACGUAUAUGGUACUGGCAUUGCUGCUGUAACUGAAGAAGGGCUUGUUGCUAUAUCCUCAGGUUGCCCUAAGUUGAACUCUUUACUGUAUUUCUGCCACCAGAUGACAAAUGCUGCACUUAUCACAGUUGCCAAGAACUGCCCGCAUUUCACGCGGUUCAGAUUGUGUAUUCUUGAUCCUGUAAAGCCAGAUCCCAUCAGUAACGAACCAUUGGAUGAAGGUUUUGGGGCAAUUGUGAAGUCAUGCAAAGAUCUGAAGAGACUAUCAUUAUCAGGCCUUCUAACUGACAAGGUUUUCUUGUAUAUAGGCAUGUAUGCUUCGCGUCUUGAGAUGCUUUCAAUUGCAUUUGCUGGUGAAAGCGAUAAAGGAAUGGUCUAUGUGCUCAAUGGAUGCAAGAACCUUAAAAAGCUUGAAAUCAGAGACAGUCCAUUUGGUGAUGCUGCACUUUUGGAGAAUGUAGGGAAGUAUGAAACAAUGCGAUCCCUUUGGAUGUCAUCUUGUGAUGUUACCCAAGGGGGCUGCAAGGCACUCGCUGCAAAGAUGCCAAGAUUAAACGUUGAAGUCAUAAACGAGAGGGAAGAAAGUGAUGAGAUGGUGGAAAAUCCUAGUGACAUGCACAGAGUGGAAAAGAUGUAUGUGUAUCGAACUCUGACAGGGCCAAGGGACGAUGCACCAGAUUUUGUCUGGACAUUUUAGAUUUCUCCAACUCUCAGCAUGAGUAUUAGUAGUAGCGCAUAAGGUAAUCUAGUUAUGAUUGUAAUAUUUUUCUUUUCCUAUUGCCUGUAGCGUCAUCACUACCUUAAUCGUGUUUGUAGAUUGAAGUUAGGCAGGACGAACACUUGUAGAUUUUGCUUUCUCGAUAAGUGACUUGUUGUUUGUACUGUUUAUGUUUAGAACUCUAUUUGUCAGUAUCAGUUAAAUCUAAAUCGCUUAGCAAUUCACAAAAA